AUGCUAGUCCUGGACGUCUCUAAGAUUAAAGUACAAGCCGCUAAGAUGCAGCAGCAACUCUUAAGUACGAAGCGCGCUCCCAAGCUCGUCGUCUUUGUGGGCGUCGCGUCGCUCAUGUUGAUAUUACUUCUGUGUAGUUCGCAUUUGCAGCGGCAAUCGCAAGACUGCUUCUGUCCAGACCUAGAAAAUCCCGAGCAGUCCGCCGCCGCCGCCGUUUCCGCCUCGUCUCUUUCCAGAGACCUUCCCAGCGCAAGACGCGAUUUAGAAUCCCGUGGAGUUUCCGCCACCUCCGCCGCCGUUCCCGUUGCGGGAGACUCGCAGCCUUCCCCAGCAGCAGCAACAAUCGGAUCCGUCGCCGCGUUUUCCGGCGGGAACGACGGCGGUUCCGGGGCCAGUCGGGACGCAGCUCGCGACGAUAGCAACCAGCAGUUUAUUUACGUGUACGACACGCAAUGGGCGUGGACGGACAAGAUUAAAGGGCGCGCCAAGGAGUGGUAUUCGGACCAGUAUGACGUGGAAUCGGUGGUGACGGAGCUGCUUAUGCGCAGCAACGCGAUUCGCACAACGGAUCCAGAAAAGGCGACGCUGUUCUACGUGCCGUACUAUUCGUCGAACCACAUCUCGCAUGUGAACAAGCUGAUGAAGAACAUGAUGCAUAAGUCGGUUGGGGAGGUUUCUAAGGCGUGGCACGACAUUCUCACCAUGAUUCGCCGCGAUUACCCCUACUUCAACCGCACCAACGGCCGAGAUCACUUCGGCACGAGCACGUUCGAUCACGGCCGUUGCCUCGCGUUGCCGUGGGUCAACCCGGAUUUGUACGGCGAGAUGUUCUUUAUCGUGCUUAAUGGGGACCGCCUUGCACGCACCAUCCACUCCUCUAAGAAGAGGAACAUGCAGAUCAUAGGAUACAAUUACAACAUGACCUUGCAGCCACAGUACCCAGACAUUCCAUGCUACAUGCCCGACCGUGACAUUGUCGUGCCAGCCUUUGUUGGCGGCCAGCUGCCCAUGGUGUCGCCCUUCACUGGCGAUCGCCCCAUGCGAGCCAUCUUCCGCUUCUCAACGCAGCCGAGCCACAGGGCGCCUCUCAAGCACCACGGCCAUUCCUUACGCCCCGAGCUGCUCAAAAUGUACGGGCGGCAGCGUAUCAAAGGGUGGAGCUUUGCAGCCAGGGGGGAGAGGCAGACGAACAAGGAGUGGCAGAUGGCUGUCUUCUGCAUCUGCCCGCCCGGCCACUCCCAGUGGACCAGCCGCCCCUUCAAGGCGCUCAUCUCGGGGUGCAUCCCAGUGACGUUCUUUCGAGACCACGACAAUCCCUGGGACGAUGAGCUGGACUACUCCUCCUUCUCCAUCAACAUCGAUCCCGACGACAUUGCUUCUCUGCGCUCCCGUCUAGAGACCGCUCCUGUGGAGCAGCUGCAACGCGGCGUGGAGACGGUGCAGCGGAUGUUCAAGUGGUCGGGGAAUCACACACAAGGGGCAAAGUACGAGCUUAUGAAGAGGUUACGGCAGCGAGGCAAGCAACUCUCCUCUACCUCCCUCUUCGUAUAG